AAUUUUAGCUCAAUAUACGGAGUUGUCAUUGGUUUACUGGCAUUUAUAACACAAUUAUUGGAAUAUAGCUUUGGUUACCGUUUAAUGCAGAAUGAUGGAUGCUGAUGAUGUUAGAGAGCUUAAUGGAGGUUACAAGAAUUCCCACUUGAACGAAAAAAAGAAGAGUAUUUGGGACAAAUUUAUAGAGCAAUCAACACUACAUGGCUUGCAUUAUCUUUUCGAAAAGCGUCCAGCACCACAGCGCAUUAUUUGGCUUAUUUUACAGGGCUUAAUGUGUGCCUUGUUUUUGUGGCAAACAUUGACCUUAGCUUUGGACUAUUUAGAAUACAAUGUGACAAGUACAAUUGAGUUUGUAACCGAACGAGAAAGCAAUUUUCCAGCCGUCACUUUGUGUAAUUUUAACCAGUACCGCAACAGUGUGUUAAGUAACGAUUAUCCAGAUUUUUUACACGUGCUCCAACAGCAAAAUCCACUUUAUGAAAAAGAUAAGAAGCCAAUUAACUGGACCAAAUAUGCAAACACGAAUAAUUUAAAUAUGAAAGAGUUAGUCCGCACAGCAGCACAUCAAAUGCAGUAUGACAAUAAGACCGAGGGAGGAAUGCUCUAUCGUUGCACAUGGUUAGGAGAUGAAUGUAAAUAUUCAGACUUCACAACAACACUUACAGACAUGGGACUGUGUUAUACGUUUAACGCAGGUAUGUAGUUCUUCCAACUGAUACAGAUGUAUGGUAUUUGCAUGUUACCCGUAAUAUAGAUAAUUGUCCCAUUAAAGGAAUACCGAAUGGUUUUCCGUGCAGGAUUGCGUGAUCCAUGCACGAGGGAUGUCGCGAGACUUUCAGAAAGCGUAAAAAUACUCGAGCCGCAGGCGAGUGUAUUUUCACGCUUUCCGAAAGUCGAGCAACAUCCCAAGUGCAUGGAUCACGCUAUCCUGCUUGGAAAACCAUUUGGUAAUUGUUUUAUAAGAUAACUACAGUGAAACAAUGACAUUUUGAGAAUCGCGCGAAUAUCCCGCGAAGGCAUUUUAAUUCCUCGUGCAGGAUAUCCUGAUCCUGCACGGCUAUUGACCAAUCAAAUUGCAUGUUUCACUG